ACAUCCCUGUCACACAGCUGUCAAAACAAAGCGUUCAAAGUGAUUUAAACCUCCACACGAUUCACAAUAUAACAUUUAUUCAAUUAUUUGAAAAUUCAGGAGCAUCAUUUUCUGAACAUGGGUAAUUGUUUGUGUGACUUAUUCAUUUAUCAACCUUAACACAAACGCUCAUGGGAGGAAAACAAUACAAACCAACACCUUUGGAUUUGUGAUUAUUUAUUGAUUUUAUUUAAAAUCACUUUCUCGCUUUUGCUCCCCUUUAAAUGUUCAACACCACCCGGUCAGAUCUGGAUAAGUCAUGAUAAGUCUCCCGACCUUUACAUGCCCACUUGACGCCCCUCACUGUCUACCAAACCACCGGAUGACAAGUCUCAACAGUCUUUUACGCACGGAGAGCGCACGGAGAGUUUGCCAGCGAGCACGCAUGGGGGUCGCUCCCUUUCAGGCUGUCCAUGGCCUCCUCGCCCCGGUGGGCAACUCCGAGACUCUACCAAAGCUUCCUGAUCCCCCUUUUCCCUCUCUCUACCUUUCAUAUGAAGAAACAACCCGGCGUUACGUCAGAAAGUGCAGGGCAAGCAAGACUGCGUCUUAGGAGCUAUUCGUAGGCAUUGCUGCCAAACCCGGCUUGGGGCUGCUCACGAGCUCACUGCAGCCAAUGCAAUUUACAAAUCCAACUUGUUUUAAAACUGCAGCAGUAUGUGGUAAGUCCAUAUUCAUUCAUACUGCUUUAUUUCCCCGCUGGGGGAUUUUUUUUCCGCUGCUUUCUUCACAUGACAGGUCUCUGUUGCUGGCACAAUUGCGCAAAGACAACGCCAACAGUUUGGCGUAAAGAUAAAAGAGUAGGCUGGUUUUGCCCUGUAUAGCCUGAUUGAAAACACCAUGACAUGAUGAAGCAACAGAGACUUUUGACGCACAGAGAUUUCUGCAGCAUUUUUUGUGUUUUAAUUCUUUGCUCAUCUUAAAAAAAAACAAAAAACAACAUGCCCCACGCUCGUAAUAGGAACCCUAGCCCCAUCCCAGAGGUAACAUGGGAUACAGGUUUGAAGGAGAUGAACGAGACCUGGAAAGGAGCUAUCGCCUGUCUCGGAGUGGCCGUCUUCUUCGUAAUGACCAUCGGGAUCAUUUACUGGCAAGUGGUGGACCAGCCCAACAAGAACUGGAUCCUCAGGGGGACUUUUAGCGGACUGAUCUGGGAGAGAAGAACCCACUCGCUGGUCAUACAGACACUGACGGAGGACAAGACCUUUGUGGAAAUAGAUGUGGGGAACGUGGGGAACCCUGACAUCGAGGUUCCCUUCGUGAGGAACCUGUGCUGGCUGAACAAAACGGAGUUCUGCUAUACGUGGGACUCUGUGGCCGAAGUGAAGAUCUCGCUGGAUGUGAACGAGGAGACGGAGACGGAGUGCUACAGUAUGACUUGGACGCCGGUGCUCUGUCAUGUGGAGCUGAAGGACUGCUUCUCCAUGACCAAUGUGUCCUGGUAUGGUGGAGCCAGUGUGCAGGGUCAGACAUGGCCCAUCAAUGAUCAAAAUGCCACCAUGCAGCCCUUCACUGUCAGCGAUCGGAAGGACAAGCCCUCAGGCUUCGGCUCGGCCCUGGAGCGCUACUUCCUGGGCUCAUCAGGUGUUGCAGUUCUUGUUUCGCCUGAUACCCCCCUGCAGCUCGGGGUGGACAGCAGACAGCAGUUCUGCCUGCAGUCACUGCCCAGUAUGGAGCGACUCCCUCUACAGUACACUGUGUGUGUGGCCCGCGACGUGAAAGCUGCUCACCAGGAAGCUGCACAGCAACUGUCCCAGCACAGCAGGGAGCUGCCCAACAUGAAAGCGCUUUGGCAGCCAUUCUGGAAGCUGCUCACUAACGUGGACUCGGGCCCGAAGGUGGAGAGGGAGCUGAGGAUCUUCUCCAAUCGUCUGAAGAGACACCAGCUGGGCGAGGGAGUCAUCAGCCUCAAUGAACAUUCCACCACUCUCCUCUCUGAUAUGGACCAUGACUACUGUAACGUCAGGAAAAGGGGGAUGUCCAAGAGACUGACCAGGGACCUCCCACUUGUCAAGCUUCUUAACAUUUCCAUCACCCUGUCCCCUUUCCUCGGUGUGGACACCACACAGUUCCACACCUCCCUCAAGGACGGCACCGAGGCCUUUUGGCUCAGUCUCCCCUCGGCUCCUCAGGGACAGCUGAUCCCUGUCAUGAGUCGGUGGCAAGGACAGUUCUGUGUAAAGCUGAACAUCACCAACCCAGGAGCAGUGAGCUGGUUCCUGGACAGAGUGGGAUCCCUGCAGGCCCAUUUGGGGAUGGAGUACAUCAUGCUGGAGGGGGGUGAGGGGAAUCUGUUUGAGGAGCAGGCCCUGCGAGCACCGCAGGAUCUGAGUGGAGACAAGUACAUCAGGCUGCUGGCUGACCUGGCCACAAGGAUAGGAGACUCUACCAUCGUGACAGCAGGAACACGGUCGAGUCACAAGCCGCUGUUUGUGAGGAUGACCCCGUUGCAGUCUGACUGGAGUCUGAUGGGCCUGAAGGGCAUCAUUCCCUCCCUGCUGCACCAUACUCUGCUGGGAUACAACUUCCUCAUUCCUGAUGCAGUAGGUGGCUCUCUGUCUGGAGAUCUGGUCACAGAUGAGGAGUUGUUUAUCCGUUGGUUGGAAAUCGUAGCCUUUCUCCCUGUCAUCAGCUUCCACACAGCACCCUGGGUUUACGGGGACGCUCAGGUGAUAAACCUAACUCAGGCCUACAUCGUGAAGCACCAGAGGGACGUGGUCCCCCUCAUAGAAAAGUAUGCCGAGGAGUGGCAGAUGACAGGAAACCCCAUCUACCGGCCGAUGUGGUGGCUCAGUCCCAGUGACCCCAUGACUUUCACCAUUGAUGACCAGUUCCUCAUAGGAGACAAGGUCCUGGUGGCACCAGUGGUGGAGAAGGGAGCAGUGAGGAGGGAUAUUUAUUUACCUGACGGGGGCUUCCAGUGGCAGGACAGCCAGAACGCUCAGGUGUUUGAUGGGGGGACGUUCUUACAGGACUACCCUGUGCCCUUGGAGGAGGUGGCUGUUUUCGUAGGACGAAGCUGAGUCAUGUGAUAUCCACAUAGUCACCUGACCUAUCCUGUUACUGUUUUGAAUCAAAUUCUUUUUUUUAAAAAUACUUGUGCUCUUCUCAACUUGCACUUUUCCACUAAAGACCAUUGACCCUGUCUCGUGGCUCUGCCCUGAGAUGACAUGUAGAAAGAUUUUUUUUUUUAUACUUGCACUUUACAGUUCAGAAUCAUUUGUAUUUUUCUUUACUUUCCUUUUUUAAAAAACAUGUUAAUUGGAUUUACCUCUUGGUUGACUUUUUUUUCCUGCCAUUUUUUGUGAGUGUAUGUAACUUCGGAGAAAUCUGCGUUUACAUACUGCCUUUUUACAGUCUUCAAAUUUUUAGCUGCUGCUGGCUCUCUUGAUAAGGAGGAACAAAGCAAGCACCUUGUUUGCUUAAAGAGAAUCUGAAUCACUCAAGAAGACCAAAUGAUGACAUAGAAGGACAACGGAAGAUGUUUGAAAGGGCUUUUUCGAGGAGAAAUGCUUAGUGGAAUGAAAUUAGCUCACAGGAAUUUUUGUGCAAAAAAAAACCAGUGGUACCGUAUGUCUCGCUCACUCAAUGGAAAGGCCUUUACUUGAACUUAUCAGGCCGAAGGGCUGAUGUUUAAUGAAUGUACCUCAAGUUACGGUUUUCAGUGCUUUGCAAGAUCAUCAGACACAACCAUCCAUUACAUCCUAGCACUUCAUCUUUGAAUAGUUUAUUAUUCACACCACUCCGUUGGACAUGUCUGAAUGUCCUUUAGUACUGUAGGCCACAUGAAGCUGAGGCCAAGCUACUGUCAUUGUAUCUCUUGACUAUAUUUGAUUUUGCAUUAGAUAGAAACGUCUUAUACUAACCUGCUGUAGUAAGGGCUUUUACAUGAGCUGCUCCUGUAUAUGUAUUUGAUUUUUUUAAAUGUUGUGUUGCUCUGUCAUUAAUACCGAACCCAACUGCUAAAGAAAGUCUCAUUGACAACUCCAUGGAUGUGGUACAGGUAUUUAAAGUAAAUAAUGUGACAUUUUAUAGACCUAUUUGCUUUGUUGCAGAGAGUUAUAUGAGACACUUCUACAUCUCCACUGUAAAAAUUAACUAGCAUAGCUUAGCGUAAAUGGGGGAAACAGCUAGCGUAGCAGUUUUCCAGUUAAACACACCGAUUAACUGUCUAUCUAUGUGGUUUGUUUAAUUCAAAGAGAAAACAAUUGUUUUAUGUGCUGGGUUAUUUAAAAAAAAAAACCUGGGGCACGGACUUCCCUUCAUUUUUAUGCUAAGCUAAGCUAGCUUUUCAAACAGACAGAAAUGAGAGUGGUAUCACAGUUCUCUUUGAACUUGUUGCCGCAAAAGCAAAUAGGUGUAUUUCCUAAAGUGUCAGACGAUUCCUGGAGGAAAUCUCUACAGAUCCCAAAAUACAUUUUAAAAGAAAAACAAAAAAACAAUGCUCUUGUGAGUAAGAAAAAGAAGUCAUUUGCUGCCAUCUUUGUUUAAAGUCACAGAGGUGCAGUAGUCACUUGACACCCUCAGUCAUUUCUGUCCUUAGGUGAACCUUGACUGAGCCUUAGUCUUUGGACUAAUCUCAUAAUCACAUUAAUCUCUAUGGCUCAACAAAUUUAAUGUAUAUCACAUGAUUUUCUUGAAGAAAUUUCUGCCAAGCUUUGCACCAUGGUACGAUGUUCUAUGAGUUUGAUAGUUGCCAGUGCUCUAUUGCCGCAGUGCUUCCCUGUAUUGUUUUGUUCUUUUCAUGAUAAUCUUAACUGCCCAGCAGUGAUAAUCCAGACUGCAAAAGUAUCACUUAGUGAAGGCUUCACCACUAAAUUGACUGUGUAGCGUUGAUCUAACAAGUUUACUGUAUUAACUCCAACACUCAGGUCUAUUGAUGCUUAUCGAAUCACCAAAUGUCUUAGUGCAACAUGCAGUAUGUUGUGAAACACAUCAAUGUCUUAAUCUCUCCUUGAGCUGAAUGUACAAUGGACAAACUGUGAUUUCCCCACUGGGUUCUUUUCAUGUGAGGAGCUUUGAUUUGAGUUCCUGAUCUAAUGCUUUUACAGAACACUGUGGUAUGUUCAUGUUGCAGGAAAAGCUUUGAUGUGUUAUUCCUUCCCGAUGCAGGUUGAAUGAACAUGACGCCAUGCGCCUUAAUAUGCCACUCUUAAAUCUGGACUAAACAGGUGUCUGGAUUAUUGCAGAAUCAGCAAUGUACAUAUUACGAUGACUGUGCCAUUACAAGUUGUUGUUUUUUUUUCCUCUUCUGUAAAUCGGAGAACUUAGAUGAAGUUGCAAUAAAGUUUACAUUUUCUUACUUCA